ACAAGAAGCCAAGAAACCUUUGCUGUCAUGGCGGAGCCGGCCAAGAACGACGCCCACAUCGUGGAGAUCCCGGUGUCCGUCGACGGGGGCGAGGCGGAGGCAGCCGGGUCCCUUGAGAAGGCGGCGGCGGGCGGAGCCCACCCGCUCGGGGAGAUCGCGACGAGCGCGGGGCACCUGCUCCUGCUCAAGCUGUGGCAGCGGGAGGAGGACCGCCUGGGCCGCCGCGCGUGCGCGCUGGAGGCGCGCAUGGACGCGGCACGACGGGACGCCUUCUACCUCUGCGCGGCGUUCCUCGCCUUCCACGGCCUCUCACUCGCGGUCCUCUUCGCCGCGUCCGUGGCCGCCUCCGCCUCCUCGGCCGCAGCCGGCCCGGCGAGCGCCGCGUGCAGGAGGUGGUGGGCGCCGUCGUCGCUGUCCCUGGCGGCCUCCCUCGCCCUCGCCGCGGCCGUGCAGCUCCGGGUCUGCGCCUACUGGCGCGCCGCGGCGCGGCUGCGCCGGGAGCGCGGCGACGCGCGCGCGCUGGCCCGCGCCGUGCAGGAGCUGCGCAUGAAGGGCGCCGCGUUCGACCUGUCCAAGGAGCCGCAGUACGGGGUGACGAGGGCCAAGUGCGCCAGCGUCGAGGGCACCGGCGCGUGGGCGCCGCUCCGGUGGUGCCAGCAGAACGUCGUCACAGCCUGCCUGCUCGCCGUCGCGGCCGCGGCGUUGCCCUCCGGCAAGUUCAUCCUCUGCGCAUAGGAUGGACGCCGAAGUGCUGAGAUCGCCGGCUUCUUCGGCAGAUCUGGGACAACGGAAGAGGGGAACUGCAGAGUGUUCGUCGCUGCAUCGGGGACAGAUCACUGCUUGUGCUCCCAUGCAGAAGAGACCGAGCCGAGGGAGAUGAUGAUAACAUCGUAGAUUGUUUUCCCCUGCCCUGAAAUGAUGAAAGGGCACAUUCUUUGUAGUCAUUUUUACGGUAGCUGGAGCUUCAGUUGGUAUUCUGGCAUGAGAACGCUUAGUGUCUUGUUGGGCCUUCUAGCAUGGAAAUUUUAUGCAUUUUCGGCCCAUUCAAAUACAUACCCCAGUGAUCUUGCCUGCA